UCUGGGGAAUUACACCAAAUGAAGGACAUAACACAAUUACAUGAUAUUUCUAUUUUUCUAUCAUUUUUUACCAUUUAAGUUUAAAAAGAAUUGAUGAGUUUGAAAAUUAUCAAUGUUCCUAAAAUAUCUAUUGCAAAAUUUUCAAAAUAUAAAUUGUUUUUAAUAAAAAUCAAUAAAAUGAAACAGUCGUAGUGACAAUUAACUUCCAUAAUAAAUAUAAAGACAUUUUCUGCGUAAACCUGUGUAUUUACUUUAUAUAUUGUAUAAAAUAAUUCAUUCCAUGAUAUUUUAUUAAUUUCUUACAAAGAAGUAAAUGUUUCAUUUCACUUUAAUUAAAAAGGAAAAAAAUAUAGAGUUCGUUAUUGCACUUCAUAAGGUGAAUUCCCCAGAGCUAUGUACAGAAAGUAUCGGAAAACGGCGUUUAGCUAGGUUUUCGAAUUCCUAAACAAAUAAUAGAUAUAUAUAGCAGAUGGGUGCAUAUACAAGUGCAUUUUUGGAACUUUUCCGGGGUUGGGGCUCCUACUUAGGCUACAAUCAGUCAGCUGAGCAGGAAAGAAUAUUGAGUGAACGAGAACAGCUGAAAAAUUAUGCCUACCCCAGGGAAGUCGAUGAGCAAGAUCUUAUCCCAAAUAGAGAGGCAUUUACCUGCUCUAUCUGCUUUGAUGAUUUUGAUGAAGGAGAGGGUGUGGUCCUGAGGGAAUGUUUACAUUCAUUCUGCAAGGACUGUCUGCGAGAUGCAAUUCAGUAUAAUGAGGAACCAGAAAUAAAAUGUCCGUUUGUUGAUGAGGAUUAUACAUGUGGUGCUACAUUACAGGAACGUGAGAUUAAAGCUCUUGUUAGUCCGGCUGAUUUUGCGAAGUAUUUAGUACGUGGAUUAGCAACUGCUGAGAGUCAGGCCCAGAAUAGUUUCCACUGUAAAACUGCUGAUUGCCCUGGAUGGUGUAUAUAUGAGGACCAUGUCAAUUUUUUCGUUUGUCAAGUGUGUGGCAAAGAAAACUGUCUGACUUGUAAGGUUAUACAUCAAGGUAAGCGUAAUAAAAG